GAUAACGGCCGCAUCAGAGGUCUCAUUCAGCCGCCGGCAGAGGACUCGACAGCACUUCCUCCCCUCCUGUCACCUUCAGCGCUUUAUUUCUUUCCUCUAAGGAAACCUCCUGCUUCCAGCAAACAAAAUGGCAGAUGAAGAGAUUGCAGCUCUCGUCAUUGACAAUGGCUCUGGUAUGUGCAAGGCCGGCUUCGCUGGAGACGAUGCUCCCCGUGCUGUCUUCCCCUCAAUUGUUGGACGCCCAAGACAUCAGGGUGUGAUGGUUGGUAUGGGUCAGAAGGACAGCUAUGUAGGUGAUGAGGCCCAGAGCAAGAGAGGUAUCUUGACCCUGAAGUACCCCAUUGAACACGGUAUUGUCACAAACUGGGAUGAUAUGGAGAAGAUCUGGCAUCAUACCUUCUACAAUGAGCUGCGUGUGGCCCCUGAGGAACACCCAGUCCUGCUUACAGAAGCUCCUCUGAACCCCAAAGCCAACAGGGAAAAGAUGACCCAGAUCAUGUUUGAGACCUUCAACACCCCAGCCAUGUACGUUGCCAUCCAGGCUGUGCUGUCUCUGUAUGCCUCUGGUCGUACCACUGGUAUUGUGAUGGACUCUGGAGAUGGUGUCACCCACACAGUGCCCAUUUACGAAGGUUAUGCCUUGCCCCACGCUAUUCUGCGUCUGGAUUUGGCUGGCCGUGACCUGACAGACUACCUCAUGAAGAUCCUGACUGAAAGAGGCUACAGCUUCACCACCACAGCCGAGAGGGAAAUUGUGAGAGACAUCAAGGAGAAGCUCUGCUAUGUUGCUCUUGACUUUGAGCAGGAGAUGGCCACAGCUGCCUCAUCUUCAUCCCUUGAAAAGAGCUAUGAGCUGCCUGACGGCCAGGUCAUCACCAUCGGAAACGAAAGGUUCAGGUGUCCAGAGGCCCUCUUCCAGCCAUCUUUCUUGGGUAUGGAAUCCUGCGGCAUCCAUGAGACCACCUUCAACUCCAUCAUGAAGUGUGAUGUUGAUAUCCGUAAGGAUCUGUAUGCCAACACUGUCCUGUCUGGAGGUACCACUAUGUAUCCUGGCAUUGCUGACAGAAUGCAGAAGGAAAUCACAGCCCUUGCACCCAGCACAAUGAAAAUCAAGAUCAUUGCACCACCUGAGCGCAAGUACUCAGUCUGGAUUGGUGGCUCCAUCCUUGCAUCCCUGUCCACCUUCCAACAGAUGUGGAUCAGCAAGCAGGAAUACGAUGAGUCCGGUCCCUCCAUUGUUCACCGCAAAUGCUUCUAAAUGGACUGCUAGUGGAUGCGUUGCAUUUGCUGCGUGAAUUCUUCAAAGUAUUAAUUUGCCUUGGCAAAUGUGUACGCCUCAUGCUAGCCUCGUGAAACUGGAAUAGAGCCAACUUCACCACGAACUUGCCCUGGGAAUGUGAGACACUUCCUAAAGUCACUUUUUCUGGGGGGGAUUUUCUAAUGCAAGACUUGGACCUGUCUCUCAAAAUCAUUCCUUUGGUGUCAGUGAUAGCGUAUCAUACCCUGUACACACCUCUGAUACAAACCCUGGUUGGCAUACCGUCUGGGUAUCCCUUAGCUAAGUUUGUUUUUUGCGUAGAAAGAAGCAUUUCUGUGAAAGGCUGCCGAUCUGCAACAGUGUUGUGAAUGACACUUCUCCCUAACCAAUAAAGUAGCUGUCUGGGGAGAAGUUGACAUUAGAGCUGUGUACAGGGUAUCCAAAGUUAGGCUUCCAGCUAUCAAAAUAGCGCUUAAUAUUCCAGAAUUUCACGUUGGAGGCUGGUAAGAGUCAUGAAGGAGUUGUCACUUCUGUCUUGCCACUUUUCCUUAAGUCAGGAAAAUGUGACAUCCAGGCCUUAGAUCCAGUUUAUUUUUCUGUUAACCCGGCUUGUAUUCCCAACAUUCACCAUGGGUCUGAAGAAGUUACAAACCUUAUUGCAGUUACACCUGUAAAUUUAUACAUCCAAGUUUAAUUUAUGUAAAUUUUUUUUUGUACGUUGCCUUAAUGUUCUCACAUGACAGUAGAAAACCAAAAUUUGCAAGUCAUCCUGCCGUUGAAUUGUAACUCCCGGAAACACUUCAUUGUGUAAGAAUAAAGCGCUGCAGUAAUACAA